AUGGCAUUAAUUUUUGACUUUAAAAAUGCCAACGAAAAAUCAUGGUUCCGGAAUAAUUUAGGAAAAUUACUGCAAAAAAGAUUAGAAAUUCGUCUCGCCGGAGAAAAAGUUUACGAUAACGGCGGCGAAAGUUUGUUGGAAAUUUAUAAAGAUCUGUGGAUGGACGAAAAACAACGCGCCGAUAAAAUUCAAGACGGAAUUGCAACCGAAGCCGUUCGCAAAAAAAUAUCCAAAGACGACGAGGCGAAUGCUGAUGCCGAUGCGACCACACUCUUUGGAAUUUUCGGAACGAAACAACGCAUGAAAAUCACAAAGAUUUUAAAAGAUCACGGGUUCUACGCCCCGUAUCACAUGGCAAACGAUCUUGAAUUUGUCAUCACGUUACCGCCGGCCUCCGAAAUCAUGAACGCACAAGGCGGGGAAACCGUCGACGGUUAUUCCGUCGACGGGAUUGGAAAAUUUGGAACUGGAAUACGAAUCCAUCGAGAAUUUAAACCUCGCACGAAAAUCAGAAAAUUUGUACGGAGCCGAACGCGAGUUAUCUUUCGAACACGCGACGUUGAUGAAAAAGACAGAAUGGAAUAA